UCUCUCUGAUUUAACUCCUGAUUUUUUUACUCCUGAGCUGAGAAGAGCAGACGCAGCAGCAGAGGGGCUCAUCUGCUCCGACUUUUCCGAUCACCAUGCUGCCCUGGAGGAGGAAUAAGUUUGUUCUUGUGGAGGAUGAGGCCAAGAGUAAACCCAAGAGCCUGGGGACUGGGCUGACCUACCAGUCCAUCCUCUCCUCUCUGCUGCGCUCCUGUCCUGACCUGCUGCCCGACUGCCCCUUCGACUGGGUGGGCAACAUCUUCCACACCAAACGGCAGAAGGUGGAACUGAACAAAGAGGAGCCUGUUUACAACGUGCGCUACCUGGGGAGCGUGGUCACUAUCACGGCAAAGGGGGACGGCUGCACACAGGAGGCGGUGGCGAAGAUCUGGGCGAGGAGCAACUACGGGGAGCAAAGUGUCAAGAUGAGGUUAACAGUGGGGCCGCAAGGGAUCCGCAUGAGCACCGACAAAUCCGGCAAAAAGAAGCCGAUACACCUCUACUCCCUGAACAGAAUCACAUACUGUUCGGCUGACCCGUGCCGGCCGAAGAUCCUGGCGUGGAUCUACAGACACCAGGUCAAGAACAUGGCCGUGGUGCUCCGGUGUCACGCCGUCCUGGUCAGCAAGUCAGAGAAGGCCCAAGCCAUCGCCCACAGCCUCUACCAGAACGCCACCUCCGCCUUCAGCGAGUUCAAACGCCUAAAGCGGCAGAGUGAUUUCCGGCACUGCCAGCAGCAGCUGCUGGGGGAGGAGGCGGUGCCCCUGAUGCCCCUGAGGAGGCUGCUGAACGGGCAGUGCCACUACAGACCGCCUGCUGAGAACCCUGGGAGUGCCACCCGCCUCUGCUCCAUCACAGAGGAAGAAGAAGAAGAAGAAGAAGAAGAAGAAGAAGAGGAAGAGGAAGAGCAGGAGAAGGAGAAACCAGAGGAACAGAUGGAGAAGCAGCAGGUUUUAACGACAAACACAGACCCGACUCAGUUAUUAUCCGAGUUGGACAUUGGGGAUAUCGCCAGACUGGAGCAGUGCCAAAUCAACUUUGUCAGUGACAGCAACAACAACACGUUUACAUUCAUAACCUCUCUGGUGUGACGAUGAAACACAUUCCCAUCUCUUUGCCCUUCACUCGGCCCCACCCCCCCCUCUCAGGCUCCCUCCUGCUCCCCCUCUGUCCAUGUAAAGUGAAGUGUUUACCAGAAACUUCUCCAACCACCGGGCAGCAGAGAAAAGAAAGAGCUCGUUCUGUGGGAGUAAUUUUGUAUUCGGAGCAGAUGGCCGGGACUCGGUUUGACUGUAGCACUUUGUGAAGCUGCGUGUUUACAAAGAGGGGCUGAUGAUGCACAGACUAACAUAGCACAAUGACGAACGAGGACGACGGCUCGUAUUACGACCAGGAUUUUCUUUAUUAGUCCUCUUAUUUUUGUGAGUAUUUCCAGGCCGCCAGCAGGGACGUCUUUUUUGGAUCGACUUGUAGUAUUUUUUCAGGGAGGUUCUUUGUAAAUUUGUGUAAUUUUUCUAACAUGACAAUCCUCACAGAAAUCUUUCACAGGCCGACCUUAGAGAAGUUUGUUACGGUUUUGCUAAUGAUCACAGCCGACUAAUGAAUAAGGCUAUAAAUUAGGAAGCAAGCCAUUUAGUCGACAUGUUUAUUGCUGCCAUUUGUUUCCUUCCUUAUCAUUUAUGCAUGACAUGUCAGGAGUAACCUUUUCAUGCUCAGCUUUUUCAUCUUUUUAGAAAUGAACACUGUGAUUAAUGUGCAACCAAGGACAAAAACACACGCAGAAAUGUCUCAUUAGUGUCAUGCAUUUUGUACGUAGACUCACCUAAGUUGCAUCAACAACAGAUCUUUUUCACACUUCGCCAUUCCUGUGCUCUUUUUAGCCAAGUUUACUUAUUGCAGUUUUUCCACAUGAGCCCUUGCAAAAAUGCAGAUGGACCCUCACAAAAACCACACAAGACUGUUUUGAAUAGCCUGUCGAUCCUUUAUGUGCCACUGUCUCCAGAUGCAUUGUGAUUCGUAUGAGAUGAAGCUAUUUAUUUACCGGAUAUGAUGAAUAAAAAUUACCCUCACUCGGGUGUUUUUUUUUAAUCUCGCAGGA